AGAAUUGCUAAACGAAUGGGAAAACAUAAGACUAAGGAUCGUCUGUUCGUGACACGAACUGAACACGAGUUCCACUUUGGUGGAAAGAGACAGUUUGACAGUGAAUAUACGCCCACAGCGAAACUUCCUUUGUUACAUUGCGCGCUUACUUUCCAACCAUGCGAAAACCCCGUUUGUGCCCCUGACGGCACUGUUUUUGAGGUUCUACAUAUACUUCCUUACCUAAAGAAGUAUGGAAAGCACCCCGUCACAGGAGAAUCGUUGAGCUCAAGUCAACUGAUAAGUUUGAAGCUUCAUAAAAAUGAAAAGGGUCAAUACUAUUGUCCUAUUUUGUAUAAACCUUUUACUGAUAAUACCGAAAUAGCUUGCAUUAGAACAACAGGGAACGUUUAUUCACUGGAAGCUGUUAAGGAAUUGAACUUAAACCAGAAGUAUCUCAAGGACCUGCUUACUGGAGAGCCCUUUAAAAAGGAAGAUGUUAUUGUUCUGCAGUCACGCAAGAGCUACGCUCAAAGUGUUGUGAAGAAGCGGAAAGAAAAUAUAGAAAGGCCCUCGAGUGUCAGCAACCCUAACAGUAGACAAAACAUUGUGUUGGAUACGCGUAGCCUUACUUGUACCACUUGGUGUCCUGAUGGUGGCAACAAGGCGGACAGUGCCAGUGAAGGCCCACCUAUUCCCAAAGGAUACUGUACACUAUUGACGAAUAAUGGAAAUUUAAACUUUGAACUGGAUUCUUAUCAAGCCCCAAAGGCAACGAGGUUUUUUCUGUUGUCUUUGCAUAGAGGUUGUUUGAAUGGUAUUCGUCUUUUCUAUGAAGCAAGCGCCGACUACAUCCGAACGGUCGAAUUGCAAGGUUUGCCAGGUGGUGAAGAUGAAAUAACAGAGAGCAAGUUAAAAGGAAAAAUAGACCCUUACGUUGAAGAAAGUUUGCCAGCAUACAAGCUGCUAGUUUCGUCCAAAUAUCGUUUGAAGAAGACUUGUCAUUUUGCAAUAUCAUGUGAAGAAAGUAAGGGACUUCAGGGGAAUUACGUUGUUUUUGGGUCACUAGUUGGCAGAAGAGAGACAGCUCAAGCUUUAGUUCAGGGAUUGGUAGAUGAACUUGUUAUAGAAGGAGUGAAUAUCUAUGUGGAUCCUUGGGAAAAGGAAGCGAAGCAGUAACAAAAAAUUUCGGAUCGAAAUCGACUCCAUUUUCUACUUGUAGACUUUAUCGUAUUUAAACACAGAAGAAUUCUCAUGCAAGUUCUGGAAUACUCUUCGCAGAUCUUCGAUCAACAGCUCAUGUUUGAUCCAUUCCAGUUUCUCGGAGCUUUUUGAUUCAGUCGAAUUUAAAUUAUAGGUUUGUUUUAGGAAGAAAGUAUAUAUUUAUUCGAAAAUGGAAGUUGUGUUUCAAGUCCUAUAUUUUGAAGUGCGUAUCACGUAACUCCGUUCCUGAACCCAAUUGUUUCUCGGUUUCAACUUUUGAUGCACAUUUCACAAUUGCCUCAGUACGUUAAAAGAAUAACAAUGAGAGAAUAAAAUUAUGUGGGACAGAUUUGGCAACUCUUUUUUAACGAAUAAAACUCAUUCAAACAAAUUCAGUGCAGUGUCAGUGUCUUAAU